AUGUUAUCUAUGACGUGGAUAUACAGUUUUCAGUCUGGUCUUUUCAUCUAUUUCUGUCUUUUCGCUAUCUAUCUAUCUAUCUAUCUAUCUAUCUAUCUAUCUAUCUAUCUAUCUAUCAAGAUGGACAAGAGAGAGACAGUACUUAUCCUUAGUCUUUUCGUUAUCUAUUUCUGUCUUUUCGUUAUCUAUCUAUCUAUCUAUCUAUCUAUCUAUCUAUCUAUCUAUCUAUCUAUCAAGAUGGAAUUUUUGCACGUCCCUUUCUUUCUUUCUUUCUUUCUUUCUUUCUUUCUUUCUGUCGUUAAUUCUAUCUUCUUUCUUUCUAUUUUUCUUUCUGUCUAUCUUUAUUUCUCUCUGCCUUUCUAUCUUUCUUUCUUUUUUCUUUCUUUCUUUCUACCUAUCUAUCUAUCUAUCUAUUUUUAUUUAUUUAUUUCUAUCUUUCUGUCUAUCUAUCUUUCUUUCUUCAUUUCAUUUUUUCUAUAUUUUUCUUUCUUUAUUCCUUUUUAUCUUUUUAUAUUUUUUCUUUCUUUCUAUCUAUCGUUCUUUCUAUCUAUCUAUCUAUCUAUCUAUCUAUCUAUUUAUUUAUUUCUGUCAUUCUAUCUAUUUCUUUCUAUCUUUCUUCCUUUCUUUAUUCAAUGCCGUAUUUAA